AUGAGCUCAGAGCUCAUCAGCCUCAGGAUUCUCCUCGGUCUACUUCCAGUUGUCUUCCUCACACGAUUCUACGUCAGAUGGCGACGCCUCCGUCACGUCCCCGGACCCUUCUGGUGGUCGAUCACGCCAAUACCCUUCCUGGUGGUUAAUUUAAAAGGCAUCUCACAUGAAGCUCAAGAUGACUUGGUCAGGAAGUAUGGACCCCUCGUCCGUAUCGGUAGGAACACAGUCCUCACGACGGACCACAAGCAUUGCCAGAAAAUGUCUGCCCACAAGUCAAACUAUGAAAAAGGGCAAUGGUAUUCGAGCUUCCGCUUCCAGGUCGGCAUCCAUCACUCCUUUUCCGAAACCAAUGAGCAGAAACAUGGAGCUCUGCGCACGAAAAUCGGCCCUGGCCACGCUGCAACACCUCUGGAGAACUCCAUGGAUCGCCAGCUCACACGCAUGUUCAGCCUCGUGGAAAGGGACUAUUUGAACCCACAGCACGCAAAACCUACGAAGCGCGUAGACCUGUCAGUUUUGACACGCUCUUUCGCGCUGGACACGAUCGGGGACAUGACGUUUGGUGCGCCGUUUGGAUUCCUGGACGAGGGGGUCGACGUGUUCGGGUGGUUCAAGUGGAAUGAAGAUUUCUUCCCAGUGGCGUCGACAUGUGCCACGUUUCCUGUCCUCGGAGAUCUGUUCCAAUUCUGGCCCUUCUCGUUGGCGCUUCCAACACGCAAGGACAAGGUCGGGUUGGGGAGAUUCAUAAGAGCCGCUGAAGACUCGCUCGAUAGCCACUCGCAAUCUGGCGCCUUGCCGAGACAGGACAUGAUAGCUCAGUUCCUCAAGAACGGUGCCUCUAGGACAGAAGCAAUCAGCUCGGCGCUUAUUCAAGUCGUUGCAGGUACAGAUUCCGUGGCGGUGGCCAUAUGCAUGACAAUGCUUCUUGUCUUCUCCAACCCAUCAAUCCACACCAAGCUCAUGAGCGAGCUUUCAAGCGCCGAGCAAGCCGGACUCAUCAGCAGACCACUGAUCCGAGACUCGGAAGCCAGGCGCCUGCCUUACCUUCAGGCAGUGAUUCGCGAGGGUAUUCGCAAGUUCCCGCCGUUGACGCCGCUGCUAAGCAAGACCGUCCCCCAGGGAGGCGACGUAGUGUGCGGGCACCAUUUACCUGCUGGGACUCAGGUUGGAGUACACGUGGUAAGUAUCAUGCACAGCAAGGAAUGCUGGGGCGGCGACGCCGACACGUUUCGCCCGGAGCGUUGGCUCGAGGCUGAUGAGGCCACGCUGGAGGACAUGUCGACUUGUCUCGAGGCUGUCUUUGGAUAUGGCAGAUACAAGUGCCUGGGCCGCGGGGUUGCGUUUAUGGAGAUGAACAAGGCUCUGCCUGAGUUUUUGUUGCGAUAUAACAUCACGUUUUCCAAUCCGACACGGCCUGUCGACGUUCUGUACAGCGCAGCAUUCUGGAUGAUGCACGGACUAUGGGCGUCAAUCUCGUCAAGGGUGUGA